AUGGACUCCCCAAAGAAAGAUAAAGUUCAGGACGACAAAGUCUCGACGCAGGCAAGAAGGACCCUCUUCGUUCGGUCGCUUCCCACCUCAGCUACGACCGAGAGCCUUACGGAAUACUUCUCUCAAUCCUACGUUAUCAAGCAUGCAACUGCUGUUAAUGAUCCGGAAACGAAGCAGUGCAAGGGUUAUGGUUUCGUUACCUUUGCCGAUCUCGAAGACGCGCAAGCUGCGCUAAAGGAGUUCAACGGGUCCGUCUUCGACGGGAAAAGAAUCAGAGUCGACUACGCUCAGCCGCGUCACCGUGAGAUUGAUGAAAAUCUCGGGAAAAGUGUGCCAGCUCCUGCUGCCCUUGAACUUAAGAAACAGCGGGAGCAACAGAAAGCAGCUACCCACCCCCCGAAGCUCAUUGUCCGAAACUUGCCUUGGAGCAUCAAAGAACCAGAAGAUCUAGCGGUACAUUUCAGAAGUUUCGGCAAAGUUAAAUAUGUCACGCUUCCCAAGAAAGGUGAUCAGCUGGCAGGGUUCGGCUUCGUCGUUUUACGAGGAAAGAAGAAUGCCCUAAAGGCACUGCAGGCCGUCAACGGCAAAGAGGUGGACGGAAGAACGCUGGCGGUUGAUUGGGCUGUAGAUAAGGAAGUAUGGGAGAACUUGAAGAAGGAGUCUGAGAAGGAGGAGACCCAGGAGGAUGCGGGAUCGAGCGACGUUGGAAUGGCAGAUGACGCGGAAGCGGCAUCCGAUAAUGAAGAUGUCGAGUCCGAUGACUACGAUGAAGAUGAGGAUAUGGACGAUGACGAUGAGGAGGACGACGAAGAUAUGGAUGAGGACGAGGACGACGAAGAUAUGGAUGAGGACGAGGGCGACGAAGACGAAGACGAAAGAGAAGAGAAAGAAGACGAUCGAAAUGCUUGUACGAUUUUCAUUCGGAAUCUACCCUUCACAUGUACAGACGAGACCCUUUACGAGCACUUUACGCAGUUCGGCCCCCUUCGAUACGCGCGAAUUGUCGUCGACCCGGAAACAGAACGUCCCCGUGGUACCGGCUUUGUUUGUUUCUGGAAGGUUGAGGAUGCCGCAUUGUGCGUGCGCGAAGCCCCGAAACAACAAGAUACUUUGAUCGCGGAGAAGGACAAAGGAAAGAAGUCUUCCACCGCACUCAAGCACUCCAUUCUGCAGAAUGAGAAUUCUGACCCCAGCGGCCGCUAUACCUUAGACGGUCGUGUGCUCCAGGUCGCCCGUGCCGUGAGCAAAUCACAAGCGGCCAGACUCGAAGAGGAGGGUGUAUCAAAUCGACUGGUUCGUGAUACUGACAAGCGCCGUCUUUUCCUCUUGUCAGAAGGUACUAUCUCUCCCAACUCUUCUCUGUACCAGAAGCUUUCGCCGUCCGAGAUCAAGAUGAGAGAGGACAGCUUCAAGCAACGACAGAACUUUAUCCGGAAGAACCCGGCACUACAUUUCAGUUUGACCCGUCUCUCGAUACGCAAUAUCCCACGUCACGUCACCUCCAAGGACCUCAAGCAGCUUGCUCGACAGGCUGUGGUCGGCUUCGCCAAAGAUGUCAAGGGAGGUCAACGUCAGCCUCUCUCCAAAGAAGAACUCACACGAUCAGUCGAGGCUAUGAAAGAGGCAGAACAGUACCGGAAGUCAAAGGGCAAGGGUAUUGUGAAGCAAGCCAAGAUUGUCUUUGAGAGUCGAGAGGGAACCAAGAUCAGCGAGAACACCGGAGCAGGCCGAAGCCGGGGCUACGGUUUCAUCGAGUACUACACACAUCGACAUGCGCUUAUGGGUUUAAGAUGGCUUAACGGUCAUGCUGUCGAAGCCCCUAAGAGCGGGUUGGCGGACAUCAAAGAUAAGAAGAAGCGACUGAUCGUCGAGUUCGCCCUUGAGAACGCCCAGGUUGUUAAACGAAGGAACGAGAUGGAGGCCAGGGCACGCACCAAAAAGGAAAGUCAUCAGAACAACGGAGAUACCCCGAGCAAAGAUGAUUCGAACAGCAAAGCUUCUCCCAAUGGCAAGAAGCGGAAGCGAUCCGAAAGCCGUGGCAGCGGCAAGGAGCAGGACGGAGACCGCGACGCGGAAGAAGAGAACAAGCUCGCCAAACGCAAUCGGAUCAUUUCUAGGAAAAGGAUGCAGCGGAAAGCUCGAAAAGGGAAGGCUUAG